CUUGCCACUGCCAGGAGGACGGCGUCACGCUGUGGGCCGACUGCUCGGAGCUCGGGCUCUCCGCGGUGCCCCGGGACCUGGCCCCCCUGACGGCUUACCUAGACCUGAGCAUGAACAACCUCACAGAGCUGCAGCCUGGCUGCUUCCACCACCUGCGCUUCCUGGAGGAGCUGCGACUCUCUGGGAACCAUCUCUCACACAUUCCAGGAGGGGCAUUCUCUGGUCUCUACAGCCUGAAAAUCCUGAUGCUGCAGAACAACCAGCUGGGAGGGAUCCCCACCGAGGCACUGUGGCAGCUGCCGAGCCUGCAGUCUCUGCGCCUGGAUGCCAACCUCAUCUCCCUGGUCCCGGAGAGGAGCUUCGAGGGGCUCUCCUGCCUCCGCCACCUGUGGCUGGAUGACAAUGCGCUUGCCGAGGUCCCUGUCCAGGCCCUCAACAACCUCCCCGCCCUGCAGGCCAUGACCCUGGCCCUCAACCGCAUCAGCCAGGUCCCCGACUAUGCCUUCCAGAACCUCAGCAGCCUCGUGGUGCUGCAUCUUCAUAACAACCGAAUCCAGCGACUGGGGACCCACAGCUUCGAGGGGCUGCACAGUCUGGAGACGCUGGACCUGAACCACAAUGACCUGCAGGAGUUCCCCCUGGCCAUCCGGACCCUGGGCCGGCUGCAGGAGCUGGGUUUCCACAACAACAACAUCAGGGCCAUCCCAGAGAAGGCCUUCAUGGGGAACCCUCUGCUGCAGACCAUACACUUUUAUGACAACCCGAUCCAGUCCGUGGGGAGGUCGGCGUUCCAGUACCUGCCAAAGCUGCACACGCUGUCCCUGAAUGGAGCUAUGGACAUCCAGGAGUUCCCAGACCUCAAAGGCACCACGAGCCUGGAGACCCUGACCCUGACCCGUGCCGGCAUCCGGCUGCUCCCGCCCGCGAUGUGCCAGCAGCUGCCCAGGCUCCGAGUCCUGGAACUGUCUCACAACCGAAUCGAGGAGCUGCCCAGCCUGCAUAGGUGUCAGAAGCUGGAGGAGAUCGGCCUCCAGCACAACCGCAUUUGGGAAGUCAGAGCCGACACCUUCAGCCAGCUGAGCUCCCUACGGGCCCUGGACCUGAGCUGGAACGCCAUCCGGUCCAUUCACCCUGAGGCCUUCGCCACCCUGCGCUCCCUGGUCAAGCUGGACCUGACAGACAACCAGCUGACCACCCUGCCCCUGGCCGGACUUGGGGGCCUAAUGCAUCUCAAGCUCAAAGGGAACCCGGCUCUGUCUCAGGCCUUCUCCAAGGACAGUUUCCCAAAACUGAGGAUCCUGGAGGUGCCCUAUGCCUACCAGUGCUGUGCCUACGGUGUCUGUACCGGCUUCUUCAAGGCCUCUGGGCAGUGGGAGGCGGACACCUUCCACCUUGAGGAUGGGGAGUCUCCGAAGAGGCCCCUGGGCCUUCUUGCCGGACAGGCCGAGAACCACUAUGACCUGGACCUGGAGGAGCUCCAGCUGGAAGUGGAGGGCACAAAGCCACACCCCCGUGUCCAGUGCAGCCCCGUUCCAGGCCCCUUCAAGCCCUGCGAGCACCUGUUUGAGAGCUGGGGCAUCCGCCUGGCGGUGUGGGCCAUCGUGGUGCUGUCCCUGCUCUGUGACGGCCUGGUGCUGCUGAGCGUGUUUGCGGGCGGGCCUGUCCCCCUUCCCCCCGUGAAGUUUGUGGUCGGUGCCAUCGCAGGGGCCAACACCCUGACCGGCAUCUCCUGUGGCCUCCUGGCCUCCGUGGAUGCCCUGACCUUUGGCCAGUUUGCCAAGUAUGGGGCCCGCUGGGAGUCGGGGCUGGGCUGCCGGGCCACCGGCUUCCUGGCCGUGCUCGGGUCUGAGGCCUCGGUGCUGCUGCUGACUCUGGCCGCAGUGCAGUGCAGCGUCUCCGUGUCCAGCAUCCGGGCCCACGGGAAGGCGCCCGCCCUGGGCAGCGUGCGCGCAGGGGCGCUGGGCUGCCUGGUGCUGGCGGGGCUGGCCGCGGCCCUGCCCCUGGCCUCGGUGGGAGAGUACGGGGCCUCCCCACUCUGCCUGCCUUACGCCCUCCCCGAGGGCCGCCCGGCCGCCCUGGGCUUCGCCGUGGCCCUGGUGAUGCUGAACUCCUUCUGCUUCCUGGUCAUGACGGGCGCCUACAUCAAGCUCUACUGCGACCUGCCACGGGGCGAGCUGGAAGCCGUGUGGGACUGUGCCAUGGUGCGGCAUGUGGCCUGGCUCAUCUUUGCAGACGGGCUGCUCCACUGCCCGGUGGCCUUCCUCAGCGUGGCCUCCAUGCUCGGCCUUGUCCCUGUCACCCCCGAGGCUGUCAAGUCAGUGCUGCUGCUGGUGUUGCCCCUGCCCGCCUGCCUCAACCCGCUGCUCUACCUGCUCUUCAACCCGCACUCCCGCGAGGACCUGUGGCGGCUGUGGCCCUGCGCGGGCGCCCCGGGGCCCCUGGCCUCCGCGGUGGCCAGCCACCUGGAGAAGAGCUCCUGUGACUCCACGCAGGCCCUGGUGGCCUUCUCCGAUGUGGAUCUCAUCCUGGAAGCUUCCGAGGCUGGGCGGCCCCCUGGGCCAGAGACCUAUGGCUUCCCCUCGGUGACCCUCGUCUCCUGCCAGCAGCCGGGGAGCCCCAGGCUAGAGGGUAACCACUUUGUAGAGCCAGAGGGAACCCACUUUGGAAACCAGUCACCUUCUGUGGACGGAGAGCUGCUGCUGAGGGCGGAAGAGGCCACGCCUGGUGGCGGGGGCUUGUCGGGCAGGGGCAUCCAGCCCUCUGGCUCAGCCUUUGCCUCGCACAUAUAAAUGUCCCUCCAUCCUGGUCUCCCGCAGCCUCCUUCCCUCCCCGCCAUGAACAGUGGCUGCUUGUAAAAUAAAUUCAACCCACACUCAGCAGCCAUGCGGUCCACAGGAAGAGGGCCCCAGCUCUGGCUCCCUGGUUUCCCGUGGCCGUCACCUGUGGGUGCUGUGUGGCCUGGUUUCCUCUGGGCCUCUUCCCGGCCACCUGAUGGCUCCACAAGACACCACAAGUCCUUGAAGGCCCUGAUCCUAGGAGCUUGACCUGGAGUAAGGUGGUGAGUCCAUCACCAGCAGAGACUCCACACUCCACCCGCCAAGGGUGAGGAGGAGGCUGCCCUUGUGGUUCCAGUCUCAGUCCUGGGCACUGGGGCAGAGAGCAGGGGUCCUGCCACCGCCUCCCCGAGCCCAAGUACCAAAGAAGAGGGAGGGUUCCUGGACCUGGUGGGUGCUGUCUGGCUUCCCUCUGGCCCUGAGCUGCCGUCCUGUGGUUCUCCGUCUUUCACCUCUUGCCAAAGCCUGGCCCGCCCUUGGCAUCCUGGGUCCUUCUCUGUGGGACAGGAGCCCUCAGCCAGCAGACGAGGGGAUUGUGUUGUUGUGUAUUGUAUUGUAGGAAGCAUCAUAGGAAUCAGGUUCCUAGGGGCCCCAAAUAGGCCAGGACCCUUCUGCUUUGCCUACUGUGACCUUCCUAUCUUACAGUUCACCCAGUGUCCCUGAGCAUUUCAGGGUGCCCCCUCCCCGCCCCAAACACACACCCUGGGGAUGAGGAGGGGGGAGCUGGGCCACUCUGCAGACAUAAGAGAAUCGGGUGAGGCUUGUCCCGGCUCACCUCUACCUACCUACCUCUGCUCUGGGGCGGCCGUUUCUCCCUCCAGCACCCCCG